AUGUCCUCCACAGCAGAGUGUGACAAGGUAUCCCCCGAAUGCCCCGUCGCGGGCACGAUCUACGGGUACAGCCCUAACCUCGCCGCAAAUGUCGCCUUUUGCGCAAUCUUCAGCGCGUGCUGUCUCCUCCAACUCAUACAAAUGGCGAAAUGGCGUCUCUGGUCCUUUGGCAUUGCCAUGAUCCUAGGAUGCUUCUCCGAAGCAGUUGGCUACAUCGGCCGCAUCCUCCUCCACAGAAACUCAUACUCCUCAACCGGGUUCGAAAUUCAAAUCUGCACACUGACAAUGGGUCCCGCAUUCUGGUCCGCCGCAAUCUACCUAACACUAAAGCACGAAGUCGAGGUUCUCGGCCGCGGAUUCUCGCCGAUAAAGCCAAACCUGUAUCCCUGGAUCUUCAUCACCUGCGAUCUUAUCUCGCUUACACUGCAGGGCGCUGGCGGUGGUCUUGCCGCCUCGUCGGAUACGGAUGCGGGGACCAGGGCUGGCGGGAAUGUUAUGCUGGCUGGCAUUGUGUGGCAGGUUGUUACCCUGACUGUUUUCGCGUUGAUCUCGGGGCUUUUCUUCGUCAGGGUGAAGAAGGCACCUCUACAUACGUUGUCCGUUGAGGCGCAGAAGGUCUGGGAGGGGAAGAGGUUCUGGGUCUUUUUUUGGGGUGUCAUGGUUGCCUUCGGAACGACCUAUGCGCGAUGUGUUUACCGUAUCGCUGAAAUGGGCGGCGGCUGGAGAAACCAUAUUAUGCAGGACGAGACCGGAUUCAUUGUCCUCGAGUCUGUUAUGUGUGCAAUCGCUGUAGUUGCUCUGUGCAUCACCCACCCAGGGCACUUCUUUCCACAAAUGCGGCUCGGAAGAUUAAAAAAUGUGGUGGAGGAUGCUAUCCUACUCGAGCGAAAGUCUAGUCACCCACUAUGGCGUGAGAUGUAG